CUCGCCUCGUGUUUGCAGACUAUCUCACUUCCUCCCUCCCUCCCUAUCCCUCUCUCUGCAAAGCAUACUCUCAAUUGUAUACCUCAGUGCUUUGCCAUCUACGUUCACCCUCAUCAUACCUUCAUACUUGACUAGUGAUCCGACGUGACCUUAAUAGCGCGGACCUGACUGCACCGGUUUCGUUCCAAUUCAUUACUGUGGUGGUUUUUUGUAUAUCAUGUCUGCUUCAGCUAUGGCUCCGGGUGGGCAGCGGAAUAAAGGGCCUUAUUUUCUACAUAUCGAAGGACUUCCCAAACGCUUCACAUGGCAGGAUCUCAAAGACCUGAUCCGACAACAAGCUGCUCAUGGCGUAUGGACCGAAAUGGCCGUCUACGCGAACGGGUCGGCAGCUGGCACAGGUCAUGCCAGAGUGCAAAGAACAGAUGAAGCUAUUCGACUUUACAAGUACCUGACUGAAGGUCGCCAUGAGGGUAGGCAACUCAAAGUACAUCUCUGGGACAUCACCGCCAUGCCUGCACAGUUCAAAGCAUGCAACUGCGAGGCCGGUUCGCCGACUCAUCCCCCAAACAUUAGCUCGCAAGGCACCCGCUUCUUCCAGAUGGCAAUGGCGUCUGAUUGGCAAAGAGUGAUGCCUCCAUCGCCCAUGGCCGAUCCUCGAGCAUAUCCAAUUCCACCAAUGAGCAACUAUCCCUCGUCUCAGGUGGUCAACGCAAUGCCGGCUCCCAUGCAACCACUUCCGCAACAGCAACCAACCCAGGAGCAGAUUAUUGCUGCGAUGUCCGCAAUGGGCCUGAAUCCAAGGGACCCCGUUCACAUCGGCCAAUUUCGGCAAGGAUACCUCAGGCAACAACAACAGCAAAUGGUACCAAUGAACACACGACCUUCCGUCUACACAGGCAAUGCCGCAGGCCUACCAGUAAAUGUCCGGCAAGGCACCAUUCGGACAGAAGCACGAGGAGUCUUCGUAUCCGGUCUGAACUACCGAGCCAGUGAAAAAGACAUCAAAGCACACUUCUGCGAAGCGGGCCAAAUCGUCAAAGUGGCAGAUCUCCGCAUGGAUGCAUCGACCAAAAAGUCCAAAGGCAACUGUACCAUUCAGUACACAUCAGCAGCCGAGGCUCAAAAAGCCAUUGAGCUCUUCCACAAGAAGGUAUUCAUGAGCAUGCGGCUCAAUGUCAGGGAAGAUAAGAGCCGAGUGGCGAUUGACGCCCCGCCGACGAGCACUGCAAACAGCCCGCCAUCGAGAUCUUUAGCGGGUCCAAUCAUCGUCAAUGGAAGUCAGGUUCGUUGCUAAACAGUUAAUCUCAAUCCCGAUCUCGGUUAUCGACAGCUACUGAGAAUAAAAGCGAUAGAUUCGUAAAGAUAGCGCGGUGGCUUUUGCUUGAUAAACCCUUAUGGACGAUGAUGGUGUCUGGCGUCAACUUGAAACUGGGGGUGGAGGGGGUCCAUGCAAUUUUCGAUGCGGCGAAUGAUCAUUUUUAUGGGUCGUUUGGUCGUUUGCAAUACUUGGGUAAUGAGGUACGUAAAAGGGAUCUAUCUACCUAGGUAUUUUUAUGUUUCAAAGCAUGAAAGAAGAAGAAAACAGAAUAGUGCAAAAUAAACCAGUGAAAACCAUGAAAUUUUCUUCUUGGGUUUUCAGUCUCUAUCAAAUUG